UAUCACAUUUAUAUAUUAGGUCGGAUAAAGAUCCCAAUCAUUACACUUUGUCAAACAGUAUGAGCUCCUGUCUUUGUUUUUCUCGCUUCCUCUCUCUUUGUCCUUCUGACUAUAUCCAUAAUCCAUAUCAAGUCAAACCCACAGUUACAAAAACAGAGCUAUGUUCGGAGCUGUGGUAAACCCGAUUUCCACAGUUUCUUCUUCUGCUUCUGCAAAUCAAAUGGCCACCAUUUCCUUAAGGAACAACUUGGUCUUGGUUAGCUCUUCUCAUUGUGGGCAUGCCCUUCAAUUCCUCUUUCCUAACUAUAAAUUCAGAACCAGGCAAGUCUUUCUUGGAACAUGGAAUGGAAGGCGAGGUGGGUUCCGAGUGUUUUGCCAAUCAAAGACAGAGGAAAUGCAGAUAAGAAGGUAUUCACCAUUUCUAGAAAGUGCGUUCCUAGACAGGAAUGGUGCCUUUGUGUCCGAUGAGUGGCAGGCAGUGCCGGACAUUUGGAGAUCUUCAGCUGAGAGAUAUGGUGAUCGCGUAGCAUUGACUGAUCCAUACCAUGAUCCACCUUCAAGUAUGACUUAUAAACAGCUAGUAGAGGAAAUUUUGGAUUUUUCUGAAGGCCUGAGAGUUGCUGCAGUAAAGCCUGAAGAAAAAAUUGCACUUUUUGCUGAUAAUUCAUGCCGUUGGCUUGUUGCAGAUCAGGGUAUGAUGGCCACUGGAGCAAUCAAUGUGGUAAGAGGUUCAAGGUCCUCAGUUGAAGAGUUAUUACAAAUAUAUGAUCACUCUGAGAGUGUUGCACUUGCUGUGGACAGUCCUGAAUUAUACAAUCGGAUUGCAGAAGCAUUCGGUUCCAAGGUUGUCAUGAAAUUUGUAAUCCUGCUUUGGGGGGACAAGUCAAGUCUGGCCAGUGAAGGGAAGAUCCCUGUUUUUAACUACAGGGAGAUUCUAGAUUUGGGAAGAGAGAGUCGUAAGAGUGCUCCUGAUUUUAAUGAUGCACAGCAACAGUAUGUAUAUGAAGCCAUCAACUCAGAUGAUAUUGCUACACUAGUAUAUACAAGUGGAACAACUGGGAACCCAAAAGGUGUCAUGCUUACUCAUCGAAAUCUGUUGCAUCAGAUAAAAAACCUCUGGGAUGUUGUACCUGCUGAAGUUGGGGACAGAUUUCUCAGCAUGCUUCCACCUUGGCAUGCUUAUGAACGAGCUUGUGAGUAUUUCAUAUUUACGUACGGAAUCGAGCAAGUAUACACAACUGUGAGGAACUUGAAGGAUGAUUUGCGACAUUAUCAACCAAAUUACAUAAUUUCAGUUCCUUUAGUGUAUGAGACACUUUACAGUGGGAUUCAGAAACAGAUCUCUACAAGCUCUGCAGCUCGUAAGUUUAUUGCACUUACAUUCAUAAGGAUCAGUUUAGCAUACAUGGAGUUUAAGAGGAUUUAUGAGGGGACAUAUUUGACGAGGAACCAGAAGCAACCAUCAUAUCUUGCUUCAGUAUAUGAUUGGUUAUGGGCAAGAAUUGUUGCUGCAAUCUUAUGGCCUUUGCAUAUGUUGGGAAAGAAACUAGUCUAUAGUAAAAUUCACUCAGCUAUUGGAAUAUCAAAGGCUGGCAUUAGUGGAGGAGGCAGUUUGCCGCCACAUGUUGAUAAGUUUUUUGAGGCAAUUGGUGUGAAAGUGCAGAAUGGAUAUGGUUUAACAGAGACUUCUCCUGUUAUUGCUGCUCGUAGGCCAAACUGUAAUGUUCUUGGUUCAGUUGGGCCUCCAAUUCGACAUACAGAGUUCAAAGUUGUAGAAUCUGAAACCGGUGAAGUUCUCCUACCAGGUUCAACUGGCAUUGUAAAAGUUAGGGGCCCACAAGUGAUGAAAGGAUACUAUAAGAAUUCAAGGGCUACAGAGCAAGUACUAGAUGAGGAUGGUUGGCUGAAUACUGGAGAUAUUGGUUGGAUUGCUCCUCACCACUCAACAGGGCGAAGCCGUCGUUGUGGAGGUGUUGUUGUCCUGGAAGGACGCGCAAAGGAUACUAUAGUCCUUUCAACAGGUGAAAACGUUGAACCAGUAGAGCUUGAGGAGGCUGCCAUGAGAAGUAGUCUCUUUCAACAAAUUGUUGUGGUCGGCCAGGAUCAACGGCGACUUGGGGCAAUAAUUGUUCCAAACAAAGAAGAGGUUUUACUUGCAGCCAAAAAGUUGUCUAUUUUAGAUGUUAAUGCCUCAGACCUCAGUAAGGAUAAAAUGACCAGCCUGCUAUAUGAAGAAUUAAGAAAAUGGACUUCAGGGUGUUCAUUUCAAAUUGGACCAAUCUUGAUUGUGGAUGAGCCCUUUACGAUUGAUAGUGGUUUAAUGACUCCAACUAUGAAAAUACGAAGGGACAGAGUCGUGGCACAGUACAAGGAGCAAAUAGAGAGUCUGUAUAAGUAAACCUCUUAUCCAGGAAUUUGAAGAAGCACUUUGAAGUGCAUGUACUUUUUAUGAAAUAAGUUUAGCAAGCCCUUGGUAUGUAGCAUUCCAAUAAACUUUUGAGUCCUUGUUUAUGUAAGUUCCUUGCUAUCUCUUCAGACCUCAUUCAUUAAUUAGAAUCUGUAGAUUUGCAUAUCUGUAUAUGAAAAGCAGCAUAUAUCCUAGGUACAAGGAACAGUAGCCAGUGCAAGACUUCAACUUCCUUCGUUUAUUUAAGUUCCUGGCUGUAAUCUUGUAUACGUUUAUAUGUAAUUUUGUAAUAAUUUAAUGUAAUUUUUAUGGUACGUA